AGUUGGCAAAACGGAUUUUCCCUCUUUGUAGGAGUUUUCUGUUGAUCAACCAAUUUGUGGAAUCGAGGUCUCAGUUCCAGAAUGGGCUAGUUAAUCAUGCCUUUUCUGCUGCCCUUAGGGAAUUCCUUCUCGUAUGUUUUUCUGAAUAGUGAGUCAGUUUUUGAUUUACGUUUCACAUGAAGUGAUUGUUUGCUUCUUGAAAAGAUGUUUGUCUGUGUACAUAUACACUCACUUUUAUAGUUGGCCCCUUAACUUCUAUUAGUAGCAUGUUACUGUCUGCUAGAUUAUAGAUAUAUAGGAUCACACGGUGUGCUAUAUUUUUGACAUUGUGUCACAUGGUGUGCUAUAUUUUGGACAUUAUUGGUGUUUACGUGGCUAUGUUGUGUUUGUUUCUGCGCUUCAUAAGGCCAAGUCUAAAAUUUUAUUUAGUAUUGUACCCAUUUGCACUUUCAAACUCAUUUUAGGGUGAAGUAUUUUGUUAUGGAUGUGCAGACCUAGUUUAGUUUUUACAAUAGUGUUUUUAUUUUCAAAAUAUUUUGGUAAAGGGUAUUAUAGGAUAAGGUAUCUUCCAGAUAAAAAAAGUGGAACUUCGAUGGGUCACAGUUGCCAGUGUCCGUAAGUGCAAUCCCUCUACAAAGACCAUAGCCCUUUCUUGUUGAAGCAAAACAGUUUGUUUCACACUCUUAUAAAUCCUAAUCUUAUUUAUCUUAGAACCCAGGUUCUGUUGAGCAGUUUCCUUCUCCAAUAUCUGCAUAUUAUUGGGCCUUGCUGGAAUUUCAUGCAGGAGCCAUGCAAAUAUUUGACUUGCCGAUUACUUUAUUGAGCAAAAACUAGUAGCAUGGCAUUAUUUAGCAAAGAUUACCAGGCCUUGGUGGCACAACUUGAGCACCAAUUCCGGCUUGGGAGACUUUCCCUUCAAGGAUUGUGGUUCUACUGUCAGCCCAUGUUGAGGUCUAUGCAGGCAUUGUCUACUGUCAUACAGAAGGCUUCAGCCAAUAGUUUUUCUGGUUCUGCCGUUCUUAACUUACUACAGAGCCAGGCAAAAGCUAUGGCUGGAGAUAAUGCAGUUAGGUUGUUGCUGGAGAAAAUGACACAAUGUGCAAGUAGAGCCUACAUGAGCAUACUAGAAAGAUGGGUCUAUGAAGGAGUAAUAGAUGAUCCUUAUGGUGAAUUUUUCAUCGCAGAAGACAAAUCUCUUCAAAAGGAGAGUCUUACUAAAGAUUAUGAUGCUAAGUAUUGGCGACAGCGUUACAGCCUCAAAGAUGGAAUUCCUAGUUUCCUUGCCAAUGCUGCGGGAACAAUUUUGACCACAGGAAAAUAUCUAAAUGUCCUGAGAGAAUGUGGACACAAUGUUCAGGUCCCUCCAUCAGAAAAUUCAAAACUAAUGAGCUUUGGCUCAAAUCAUCAUUAUCUUGAAUGUAUUAAGGCUGCUUAUAACUUCGCAAGUGGCGAACUUGUGAAUCUCAUUAAGGAAAAGUAUGAUUUAACAGGAAAAUUGCGGUCUAUAAAACACUAUCUUCUUCUUGAUCAGGGGGAUUUCUUAGUGCAUUUUAUGGAUAUUGCUCGAGAUGAGCUGGCCAAAAAACCUGAUGAAGUAUCAGUUGAGAAGCUGCAGUCUCUUCUAGACCUUGCUCUGCGUACAACAGCAGCUUCUGUCGAUCCUUAUCACGAAGGCUUAACCUGUAUCGUGGAAAGAUCAUCUUUGCUUAAAAGGUUGGGCACAUUUAAUGUCACUGAAGUUAGCCAGAGAGAUUCUAGUAAUAAUGAUAUUCUGGAAGAGCCUGUUAGCAUCACCGGACUUGAAACAUUUUCACUAAGUUAUAAGGUGCACUGGCCAUUGUCUAUAGUAUUAUCACGUAAAGCCCUUACAAAUUACCAGUUAAUUUUUCGAUUUCUUUUCCACUGCAAACAUGUUGACCGUCAGCUAUGUGGAGCCUGGCAAACACAUCAAGGAGUUCGUGCUCUCAAUACACGUGGAACUGCUAUCUCUAGAUCUUCUCUUCUGUGUCGAAGUAUGCUUAAAUUUAUCAAUAGCCUUUUGCACUAUCUUACAUUUGAGGUUAUUGAACCCAAUUGGCACGUGAUGUAUACUAGACUUCAGUCAGCAAAUAGCAUAGAUGAGGUUAUUCAACAUCAUGAUUUUUUCCUUGAUAAGUGUCUGAGAGAGUGUUUACUACUUUUACCUGAGUUGCUGAAGAAGGUGGAGAAGCUUAAAUCCAUGUGCCUUCAAUAUGCAGCUGCAACUCAGUGGCUUAUAUCAUCUUCUAUCGUAUUACAUAGUCCAGAUGAAUCUAAAAUUGAUUCACUCGGAACUAAACAAUCAAAAUCAGGUCAGGUCCUGAAGUCCACCACCAGAAAUUCAGCGGUCACUGAUUCUAUUCUCAAAUUUGAGAAGGAUUUUGAUACCGAGCUUCAGAGUCUUGGAUCAAUCUUGAGUAGUAGCUCCCAGGCAGAGCCAUAUUUGGCCCAUCUUGCAAAAUGGAUUCUUGGUGUCAAACUCGAACAUAAUGGUUUGUGAUGGGUUUUUCAGGAGUGCAGUGUUAAACUUGAGCAUUUAGUGUGCAUAGGUUAUUGUAAUGUCUGGAGUGUGAGUAUUUUACAUUCUUGUGAAGUUGUGGUUAGGUUUCUUUAUGACAAUAUUGAGAAUAUUUUUUCUUAUUUGUUUUUCUAAUAUGUUCUUGCCAAAUUUUGCCUUGGCAAUUUGUGA